AUGCAGGCCUACCGCAUCGGCCGCAAGCUCCCAGGGCCCUGGGUGGCCCAUGCCCAACCGCCCAUCCGCGGCGGUGUCUUCCGCCGCACUGAGGUGACAGUGUCGCCACCAUCGCCGCUCGACGGUAACUGCUCGGAUGUUGAUGGCGAAGACUGUGAGGAUGAUGAGGCCCUGCUGCGGGCAGAAGAGUCGUCGGCCGAGGAGCCGUGUAGCAGCAGCAGCAGUGAUACCGAUGACUCGUUAACAGAGGACUCAACUGGUGUCAGUGAUGUCUUGUCUGAGUGCAGCGCGCUGCCGACUCCUCCCUCGGCAGCAUGGUCGUCGGGUGUCCAGACUGCAGACGACACCUUUGUCGGCACUGGGAGUAGGUCCACGCCCAUCGCGCUGCCGCCAUUCCUGACAGCCUCGGGCGUGCAUAGCGUCAACCGCCGCAGUCUCGGAAGCGCCCAGCUCUCGCAGUUUGCCCGCAAGACGCGCAAGCAGGCACAGGCCCAAGCCAAGGCUGAUCCCAUCAACGACACCAACACAGUGGACGCCGUUGCCUUCUCUACUGUUGACGACUUUGCCGACCGCAGCAACCAGCACGAGGUCGAGCGCGACUCGCUGACCUACCCGUCCGUCGAUCCUGCACGUCAACAAGCCAUCAUCCAGCGCUACCGUGCUAUGCACCAGCGCAUACACGACGCGGGCUGGUACGACUGCCCCUACGGCGAUUACGCCAAGGAGAUGGCCCGGUACACGACGCUGUUUGUGCUGUUCUUGGCCACGCUGCACCUUGGCUGGUACGUCACGUCAGCUGUGUUUCUGGGCCUGUUUUGGCACCAGAUCAUGUUCACCGCACACGAUGCCGGCCACCGCGCCAUUACGCACAAUUUUGUCAUUGACACGCUCAUCGGGCUGUUCAUCGCCGAUUUCUGCUGCGGUCUGUCCAUCGGCUGGUGGAAGAGCAGCCACAACGUGCACCAUCUCGUGACCAACCAGGCCGAGCACGACCCGGACAUCCAGAACGUGCCCCUGUUCGCCACAAGUCCGCUCUUCUUCAAGUCGCUGCGCUCCUCCUACUACGACUUUACGUUUGUCUGGGACGCCGUGGCCGACGUUAUGGUGCCCUUCCAGAAGUACACCUACUACCCUAUCAUGGGCAUCGCGCGCUUCAAUUUGUACCUGCUGUCGUGGCUGCACGUCCUGUCGGCCAAGUCGUCCGCCCUCGGCCGCAGCACCGCCUGGUGGAUCCGCCCGGCGGAGAUGGCCGCCAUGAGCGCAUACUGGUUCUUGUUUGGAUACUGUCUGCUGUGGCGCACCCUGCCGGACUGGACCACCCGCGUCGUCUUUGUGCUCGUCUCGCACAUCAUCACCAUGCCCCUGCACGUGCAAAUCACGCUCUCGCACUGGGGCAUGUCCACCUCCGACCUGGGCGAGACCGAGUCCUUCCCGCAGCGCCAGCUGCGCACCACCAUGGACGUCGACUGCCCCGCCUGGCUGGACUUUAUUCACGGCGGCCUGCAGUUCCAGGCCGUCCACCACCUGUUCCCGCGCGUGCCCCGGCACAACCUGCGCAAAGUGCAGGCACUCGUGCGCGAGUUCUGCGACGACACGGGCAUCCCCUAUGCCAUCCUGAACUUUGUCGACGGCAAUCGCAGAGUGCUGGGCCGUCUCCAGGAAAUGAGCGACCAGGUCAACAUGAUGGUGCAGUGCCAAAAGCACAUGGCCGCCACAGGCGAGAGCGGUCUCCACUAG